CCUUUAAACUGUAUUGAUAACAAUCGAUAAUUGCGUGGAUCUGUCAGCUUUAUAAAUAUAAUUGUAACUGAAUACGUAAGCUUGGAGCUUCCUUAUUGUAUUUGUUUUAAGAACGGUACAAGGGUGGUACUCUGAUUUUUUAUGGAAUGGAAGAGACAACGUCAUCCGCCGAAAAUGAACAAUCGGCUGAAAUACCACACACAUCAUUUGUGCAAAAUAUUGAGUUGACACCUACUUUAGCUCAACAAAGAAAUUUUAAGCCGUCAUCACAGGGUAUGACACACAAUCAACCGAUGGGAUUUUAUGUACCAAACGCUCAAAUUCAGAAUCCAACCAUAGAUACAAUGCAACGUCAGAAUGACAUUUCAAUAGAUGCCGUACCAUCUGAGCCACAGACCCAAAUAAUUGAUGUAAAAGCACCCGUAUCUCAGGCUGAGUUUGUGCAAAAAAGUUUUAUGAAUUACGUCCGACAGAGCGAAACUAACACCGAUGAUGCCGUUUGCAAAGAAAAUAUUUUGUCGGUGAAUGAACAUAAAUGUGUUUAUCUAGCAAAUGUUCAAUGUGGAGACCAAAAUUCUAUGAUUGUAUUCGUUCCCAAAGAAAAGAAGUGUGAUGUUUAUGCAAAACAGAUAGGGAAUGACAAUAAAACAAUAAUUAACGUUACGAUACAUUCAAGCACAGUAACGUUUUGUGGAGAAAAUAUUAAAUGCAUUCCAAGCGACGCAAAUGGAGAAGUAUGGGUUCGCAUCAAAAGAAUAAGAACAGUUUACGAGGGACAGACGAUGCAGACUGUCAAUGAUGUUGACAACUCAAUGCUCAUUGAAAGUAUUGUCCAAGAGGACUUGCUAUCAGUUCGACUGCAGAGAAGUAAUGAUAAGGAAUUUUCUCUUGACAAUGUAUUACGUCACAGAACUAUUGAACAGUUUAUGUCAAAGCCAUACUGUACCUACCAAGUGACAGUUCAUGACUUUGACUACGGGAAACAACAGAGGCGUGUCAGUGACGAUAAAAGAGUAAACGAGGAAGGAAUAUUCAACGAUGGGCCUCUGUAUCGCAGCCGUCCAGCAGACUACGUGCAUUAUAGCACUAUUCAAGACGAGCAUGUUCUUGCUUCUUCAGGUCCACCAAAGUUGCCACUUCGCCCACCACCCCCAACAGUUAUGCCGAAAAGGAGAUUAGUCAAUUCCAAGUCUGUAUCGGACAUGACGAAUAAAACGGGCCGCUCAGCGACAAUUCGCCGUUCAGCGACAAUUCAUAAUCCUCCACCGCGUCCAAAGCUUUGGCCAAGAUGUCACCAUGGCAAAAUGAAAUUCGCCGAGCUUCUUGAAAAGCUAAAAUUCGAAAAGGAAGGAAGUUUCCUGGUUUACACAUCUCAAACAUGCGAGCAAUCUUUGGCCUUCAUCGAUUCGAAUAAAGCAGUGAAGACUCUGGAUAUUGUUCGUGACAGCAAAGGAUAUUACCUUAAACAUAAGGUAUGUGGAAACUUGUCAGCAUUAAUUGACAAUGCUGUUGGAACCUAUAUCCUGCAGGAAAUACCAGUAUCUGCAACAAGUACCAAGCUUUAACAGCAGAAACGGAUUGCUUCGAGAUUUCAUGUAGAAUGCCACUGUGAUGAAAGUUGUUAAAAUAUAGUAUGCAAUAGUUUCUGAUCUCAUUAUUUAAUGGGUACGUAUAUUCCAGUGUACUUUGACAAAGUUACAUCAUAAAAAUUACGCCUACUGAGCAUACGUAUAGUGUCACUAACUCUCUGCCAAGAAAUAAGUGUGUGUUUUCAUCAAAGUAGCUACGUUGUGGUCAUCCAUGAAGAUAUGGAACAAUCGACAGCAAUCAUCAUUGAAAAGAGAUAAAGUGAAUAUCAGAUGCACCUGUAUGAGAGAAAACCCUCAUUUUACAAUUAAGUCCAUUAUUUACGGCAAUGAACAUAUGCCAAACAGUGAGGUUCAUAAUAAUUUCACUAGACACAAUACAUUUGUACAUAACAAACGCAAAAACAUGACAUUUUGUUUAAAAGGUUUUGAAGUGUGGUGCAAUGUCUUAUAUAAAAUUAUGUAGUACACAUCUGCAAUCAUUAAACGUUUUUACAUGUGGUCACUAAGUUUUAACCUCUUCCAAGUGACAUUCUCACUAAACCAUGUUGUAUUUAAAUCCUUUUUAAAUCUAUCUUAUUCGAAAUGAUGUAUGUUUUGUAUUUAAUUCAAAAGCGUGCUGUUAUUGCAUAUGUAUGUUUAUGACCAUGAGCUGUAUAUAUGCUCAAGUCAAAAUAAACCAUUAAGUUCUG